AUGGGAAUGUACAAAGGUGGAGGGUCCGGGGAGGAGCAACUCUAUGCUGACUUUCCAGAACUCGACCUCUCCCAGCUGGAUGCCAGUGACUUUGACUCGGCCACCUGCUUUGGGGAGCUGCAGUGGUGCCCAGAGAACUCAGAGACUGAACCCAACCAGUACAGCCCCGAUGACUCCGAGCUCUUCCAGAUUGACAGUGAGAACGAGGCCCUCCUGGCAGAGCUCACCAAGACCCUGGAUGACAUCCCUGAAGAUGACGUGGGUCUGGCUGCCUUCCCAGCCCUGGAUGGUGGAGACGCUCUAUCAUGCACCUCAGCUUCGCCUGCCCCCUCAUCUGCGCCCCCUAGCCCUGUCCCGGAGAAGCCCUCGGCCCCAGCCCCUGAGGUGGAUGAGCUCUCACUGCUGCAGAAGCUCCUCCUGGCCACAUCCUACCCAACGUCAAGCUCUGACACCCAGAAGGAAGGGAGCGCCUGGCGCCAGGCAGGCCUCAGAUCUAAAAGUCAACGGCCUUGUGUCAAGGUGGACAGCACCCAAGACAAGAAGGCUCCCAUGACGCAGUCUCAGAGCCGGAGUUGUACAGAACUACAUAAGCACCUCACCUCAGCACAGUCCUGCCUGCAGGAUAGGGGUCUGCAGUCACCACGCCUCCAGAGCCCCCGGCUCCCUGCCAAGGAGGACGAGGAGCCGGGUGAGGACUGCCCGAGCCCCCAGCCAGCUCCAGCCUCUCCCCGGGACUCCCUAGCUCUGGGCAGGGCAGACCCCGGUGCCCCGGUUUCCCAGGAAGACAUGCAGGCGAUGGUGCAACUCAUUCGCUACAUGCACACCUACUGCCUCCCCCAGAGGAAGCUGCCCCCACAGGCCCCUGAGCCACUCCCCAAGGCCUGCAGCAACCCCUCCCAGCAGGUCAGAUCCCGGCCCUGGUCCCGGCACCCCUCCAAAGCCUCCUGGGCGGAGUUCUCCAUUUUGAGGGAACUUCUGGCUCAAGACGUGCUCUGUGAUGUCAGCAAACCCUACCGUCUGGCCACGCCUGUCUAUGCCUCCCUCACACCUCGGUCAAGGCCCAGGCCCCCGAAAGACAGCCAGGCCUCCCCUGGUCACCCAUCCUCGGUGGAGGAGGUGAGGAUCGCAGCUUCACCCAAGAGUACCGGGCCCAGACCAAGCCUGCGCCCACUGCGGCUGGAGGUGAAAGGGGAGGUCCACCAGCCUGCCAGGCUGCAGCAGGAGGAGGAGGAAGACGAGGAAGAAGAGGAGGAGGAAGAGGAAGAAGAAAAAGAGGAGGAGGAGGAGUGGGGCAGGAAAAGGCCAGGCCGAGGCCUGCCAUGGACGAAGCUGGGGAGGAAGCUGGAGAGCUCUGUGUGCCCUGUGCGGCGUUCUCGGAGACUGAACCCUGAGCUGGGCCCCUGGCUGACAUUUGCAGAUGAGCCGCUGGUCCCCUCGGAGCCCCAAGGUGCUCUGCCCUCACUGUGCCUGGCUCCCAAGGCCUAUGACAUAGAGCGGGAGCUGGGCAGCCCCACGGACGAGGACAGUGGCCAAGACCAGCAGCUCCUACGGGGACCCCAGAUCCCUGCCCUGGAGAGCCCCUGUGAGAGUGGGUGUGGGGACACGGAUGAGGACCCCAGCUGCCCGCAGCUCCCUCCCAGAGACUCUCCCAGGUGCCUCAUGCUGACCUUGUCACAAAGCGACCCAACUUUUGGCAAGAAGAGCUUUGAGCAGACCUUGACAGUGGAGCUCUGUGGCACAGCAGGACUCACCCCACCCACCACACCACCGUACAAGCCCACAGAGGAGGAUCCCUUCAAGCCGGACAUCAAGCACAGCCUGGGCAAAGAAAUAGUUCUCAACCUCCCCUCCCCUGAGGGCCUGUCACUCAAGGCCACCCCAGGGGCUGCCCAUAAGCUGCCAAAGAAGCACCCGGAGCGGAGUGAGCUCCUGUCCCACCUGCGACAUGCCACGGCCCAGCCAGCCUCCCAGGCUGGCCAGAAGCGUCCCUUCUCCUGUUCCUUUGGAGACCAUGACUACUGCCAGGUGCUCCGACCAGAGGGCGUCCUGCAACGGAAGGUGCUGAGGUCCUGGGAGCCGUCUGGGGUUCACCUUGAGGACUGGCCCCAGCAGGGUGCCCCUCGAGCUGAGGAGCAGUCCCCUGGCAGGGAGGAAGACAGAAGCUGUGGUGCUGGCACCCCACCCAAGGACAGCAUGCUGCUGAGAGACCAUGAGAUCCGCGCCAGCCUCACCAAACACUUUGGACUGCUGGAGACCGCCCUGGAGGAGGAAGAACUGGCCUCCUGCAAGAGCCCAGAGUAUGACACUGUCUUUGAAGACAGCAGCAGCAGCAGUGGCGAGAGCAGCUUCCUCCCAGAGGAGGAAGAGGAAGAAGGGGAGGAGGAGGAGGAGGACAAUGAAGAAGAGGACUCAGGGGUUAGCCCCACUUGCUCUGACCACUGCCCCUACCAGAGCCCACCAAGCAAGGCCAGCCGGCAGCUCUGUUCCCGCAGCCGCUCAAGCUCUGGCUCCUCAUCCUGCCACUCCUGGUCACCAGCCACUCGGAGAAACUUCAGAUGUGAGAGCAGAGGGCCGUGUUCAGACAGAACGCCAAGCAUCCGGCACGCCAGGAAGCGGCGGGAAAAGGCCAUUGGUGAAGGCCGUGUGGUGUACAUUCGAAAUCUCUCCAGCGACAUGAGCUCCCGAGAGCUGAAGAGGCGUUUUGAAGUGUUUGGUGAGAUUGUGGAGUGUGAGGUGCUGACGCGAAGUAAGAGAGGCAAGAAGUACGGCUUCAUUACCUACCGGUGUUCUGAGCACGCGGCCCUCUCUCUGAGGAACGGCGCUGCCCUGAGGAAGCGCAACGAGCCCUCCUUCCACCUGAGCUACGGAGGGCUCCGGCACUUCUGCUGGCCCAGAUACACUGACUACGAUUCCAAUUCAGAAGAGGCCCUUCCUCCGUCAGGGAAAAGCAAGUACGAAGCCAUGGAUUUUGACAGCUUACUGAAAGAGGCCCAGCAGAGCCUGCAUUGAUAACAGCCUUAACCCUCGAGGAAUACCUCAAUACCUCAGACAAGGCCCUUCCAAUAUGUUUACGUUUUCAAAGAAAUCAAGUAUAUGAGGAGAGAGCGAGCGAGCGUGAGAGAACACCCGUGAGAGAGACUUGAAACUGCUGUCCUUUAAAAAAAAAAAAAAAAAUCAAUGUUUACAUUGAACAAAGCUGCUUCUGUCCGUGAGUUUCCAUGGUGUUGACGUUCCACUGCCACAUUAGUGUCCUCGCUUCCAACGGGUUGUCCUGGGUGCACCUCGAAAUGCGGGUCAGUCACCCAUCGCCCCUUCCUUCCCGACUGACUUCCUCUCGUAGACUUGCAGCUGUGUUCACCAUAACAUUUCUUGUCUGUAGUGUGUGAUGAUGAAAUUGUUACUUGUGAAUAGAAUCAGGAUUAUAAACUUCAUUUUUAAUU